AUGAAGUGUGAGAAUCUAAUGAAUCAAAAAAAAAGUAUUGCAUCUUUCUUCUCUAAGCAGUCAUCGAAGAAUCGAAGUGAUUAUCGAAUUCGCUUGAAUUCUGCUAUCGAGUGUAGUCGAUUUCUAUUACACCAAGGGCUCCCGUUCCGUGGCCAUGAUGAAUCUCAAGCCUCAAGCAAUCAAGGAAACUAUUUAGAGCUUCAAGGUUUUCUUGCAAGAAAUAAUGAGGUGAUAAAAAGUGUUGUUCUUAAUGAAGCUCCUGGCCGUCACAAAUUGACAUCACCCGAUAUUCAGAAGGAAAUUACUCAAGCUGCUGCAGAGGAGACUACCAGUGCAAUCAUCAAAGACCUUGGUGAUUCAUUAUUUUCCAUUAUGAUUGAUGAGUCGCGUGACAUAUCAUGCAAAGAGCAAAUGGCUGUUGUUUUGAGGUACGUCGACAAAAAAGGGCAUAUAAUGGAGCGUUUCCUUGGCAUUCAACAUGUGUCUGAAACGACAGCUAUUUCACUAAAGGCUAGUAUUGAAGCUUUAUUUGCUACUCAUGGUUUAACUAUUUCAAGAUUACGUGGUCAAGGUUAUGAUGGAGCAAGUAAUAUGCAAGGGGAGUUCAACGACUUGAAAGCUCUUAUUUUGAGAGAUAAUCCGACUGCGUACUUUGUCCAUUGUUUUGCACAUCAACUCCAAUUAGCUCUCAUAGGUGUCACAAAAAAUCACAAUGAUGUUGGAGAUCUUUUUAACUUUGUCACUAGUAUCUUGAAUGUUGUUGGAGGAUCGUGUAAAAGGCGAGAUAUCCUUAGAGAUAAACAAGAGGCCAAGAUCAUUGAAGCACUUGAGGGAGGAGAAAUUUCAAGUGGAAGGGGUUUGAAUCAAGAAACUACUCUAAGACGACAUGGUGAUACACGGUGGGGCUCACAUUAUCUACGCUUAUCACGUUGGCAUUGA